CGACCGUGGGAACGAAGCGAUCUCUAGCUUCACACAGGUUUCCAACAACCUGCUGGCUUGCGCGCGAGGCUAUAAAUAUAGGGAUAUGUCGAACAGGUUGCAGAAACUUUGUGACAUUCCCUUGGAUAGUUUAUACACUUUUUGUGGUUACCAGCGGGUUUUUUUGUGUGCUUCACAGACCCAACAAACAUGACAGAUACCGUAUCGCCGGGUCCGCAGAGGAAAGAUCCUUCUAUAAGAAAGAACAACAAGCCGUUGAUGGAGAAGAAAAGACGUGCGAGAAUCAAUGAUUGUUUAGGACAGCUGAAAUCCUUGGUGUUACAAGCUCUUAAGAAAGAUAGUUCUCAAUUCUCCAAGUUGGAAAAGGCAGACAUCUUGGAAUUGACAGUCAAACACCUGAGGAACCUCCAGCGUCAGCAGCGGUCCGCUGCCAUGGCAACCGACCCAGCCGUCAUGGAGAAGUACCGCGCGGGCUUCAACGAAUGCGCCAACGAAGUGAUGCACUACGUCGGCUCGUGCCACGCCCUCAGCAACGACGUCAAGGGAAACCUCGUCAACCACCUCGCCAACUGCCUGCAGACCGUCAACACACCACCAUCACACCCAGAACCCGUCCAACGGUGUCUGCAACCACUUCACGUUCAGAUCCCACCCAACAGCAGUAGCCUCGUCCAGACGGCAACGACGACGACGCACGUCAUACCCACGUCGAUGCAGGCCACACCGAUAUCUCAGACGGUUACGCCUACGUCGACGGUCUCGUCCGAAACCAGUCCAUUCCAAGGUGCCUUCCACAUUCUGCCGAGCAGCCUGAACGGAAAUCCCGUCGCAGUGUAUCUCGGUAGUCAGAACACGGGAACGAUGACGUCAGCGGUUCCUGUGUACUCCAUUCAAGUGCCCCACACGAACGGUCUCGUGUCUUCAUUUAUGCCAUCUCCAGUAGACUCUGAUAAAUCGGGCUUCAGCUCAGAUUUGGAAUCUCCGGUCACGGAAAGAAGAUUUUCAGACAGUAUGAUGUUCGCUAGUCCGAGUCCCGUUUCAUCCUCACCCGUGUCCGCAUCUUCGAAAGAGGAACGGGUGUGGAGACCAUGGUGAUUCCGGUUUUUACACUGAACUCUCUUCUCUCUCUUUUUUCAUUUUUUCCGAUUUUUACACUGAACUUUCGAGACUUGGAAACAGUCUAGUGCUAAUGGACGUCAUAGCGCCGUGUGAUGUCAUAGUGCUAGUGAUAUCCGUGCUAUGUGAUGUCAUUGUUGGGGGCAUACGAACGUUAUUUAUGCCAACAUGUGCAUAAUUAUUUUUGAUACAAGAAACAAUACGAUGGAAAAUGCUGUUGGACAUUUAUUUUUCUACUCAUUUAUAUAAAUAUAUAGUGCGAAACACUUUGAAAAAGUGUGUAAUGGUGCAAAAUACAGUAUUUCUUUUGAAAUCAAAAUAUUUACAAAUUCAAUAUUUUCAUAAUGAAUGCAUAAAAUAUGCUUACAAUUUA